AUGGUGGGAGAAAGAGAGCCAACCAAUGCAUUGAGAGUUAAUUGGUCCUGUCGGAUCCAAAUGGUAUGGACAGGAUUUGGGGGGAAGAAAUUUUACAAUACUGUUGAUACUUUGACUCAACGAGAGCCUUAUUCAAUGCUUGCUACAAUGUUCAGUGGUUGGCAUACUGUGUGUCAGGAUCCUGCAAUGAAAGUUAGAUUUCGAGGUGUUAAACUUUCUGGCCUUGAUCUUUCAAAACUGGAUUUGUCUUAUGUGGACUUCAGCCAUGCUUGUCUUAGAGAUGUAUUCUUCUCACGUGCAAACCUACAGUGUGCCAAGUUCCGGAAUGUGGAUGCUGAGGGUGCGAUCUUUCAUAAUGCAAUUUUGCAGGAAUGUGAAUUUACAGGGGCCAAUCUGCACGGAGCUUUAUUAGCUGGUGCUAAUCUUAAGAGUGCAAACCUACAAGAUGCAUGUUUAAUUGGUAGUAGUUUCUGCCAGGCUGACCUCCGAUCUGCACACUUACAGGUAUAAGAUUUUAAAUUAUAUUACUUCUUCCUUUUUUUUUUCUCUUUUUCUUUUAUAAGAUGCAUCUACAAGAUACUUGAACUCGGUAUCAUUCGCACAAAUGAGAAUUGCUUGGAACUCAGGCUAUCUGCAAACUUCCAUUUAUCGAAGAAACCAGCCUUCUCUCAGAAGUUGCCAGAGUAGAAAACACAUUGACAGUAUUCU